AUGGUUUCAGGAUCAAAUACUGAUCGAAAUAAUAUUGUAAACCUUGACGAAAUAAUCCAUUUAAAAGGUUUAUUACAAUCUAUUCAUGAACGUAUCGAAAAAAUUGAGAAUGAUGUAAAAGGAAAAUUAUUUAAAUCAAAGGAUCAACAGGAAUUAAGAAUGGUACUUAUGGGUCCCCCAGGUGCCGGUAAGGGAACUCAAUCUCCAAGAAUAAAGGAAAAAUUUUGUGUUUGUCAUUUGGCUACAGGUGAUAUGUUACGUUCACAGGUAGCUGCUAAAACUAAAUUAGGUUUAGAAGCUAAAAAAAUUAUGGAAUCUGGAGGUUUGGUUUCUGAUGAAAUUAUGGUUGAUAUGAUUCAUGAUGAAUUAAAUAAUAAUCCUGAAUGUAAAAAUGGAUUCAUUUUGGAUGGUUUCCCUCGUACUGUAAAACAAGCUGAAAAACUUGAUUCUAUGCUUGAUAAAGAUAAGAAAAAACUUAAUCAUGCUGUUGAAUUAGUUAUUGAUGAUAAUUUAUUGGUUUCACGUAUUACUGGUCGUUUGAUUCAUCCUUCUAGUGGUAGAACUUAUCACAAAAUUUUCAAUCCACCAAAAGUUUCUGAUAAGGAUGAUGUUACUGGUGAACCUUUAAUUCAACGUUCUGAUGAUAAUGCUGAAACUUUAAAGAAAAGAUUACUUACUUAUCAUCAACAAACUACUCCUGUAGUUGAUUAUUAUAAAAAGAAAGGUAUUUGGUCAAGUGUUGAUGCUUCUCAGAAUCCAAAUGUAGUUUGGAAUAGUUUAUUAGCUAUUUUUAGUGAAAAUGGAAAAUCUAAAUAA